AUGGCUCGACACAGAAACAUUAGAAACCUUAACGUGGAAGAUAUCUACGACGACUGGCUUGGUGAAUACUCGGACGACGAUGGCGCGGAUCAAAAUGAUGAAGUUUUACUGGAAUCAAACUUGCGCAAAGUGAGAGAAUUAAUAGGCAACCCCCCCGGGAUAACUGAUAAGGCGAUCAAAAACAUUUUAUGGGAUACUUACUAUGAUAUCGAGGAGACAAUACGUCGCGUAUCAGCCAAAAUAAGAAAACCGCCAGAUCAGAAACCAAAGCAAUCGGCGACACAACAAACAAAACCCGCCGUAGACCAGACGCAAUCAAAAUCAUCCCGAUUAAGCAUAGCGAAUGGAUGGCAGAGCUUCAGUUAUGAUGUCAUGAGGAUUGAUAAGAGGGAGUGUGAGAACGAUCCCAUAUCCAUGGUUGAGAAGCGCGAAACUUUGGGUUCGCUAUCGACUCGGAGUUAUUUUAAACAAGCCAGAGCAUCUUCGCAAAGCAUAUUAGUGCCUCAAGACUUUUGGUCGUGGUACGACGUAAAGUGGAGCUGCAGUGGAAAGGAUGAAUUGUUACCUCCUAAAAUUCCGGAUGGACGAGUACGAUUAACUGGAUUACUAGGCGGAGCAGACACUAAUAAUUCACGAUCAACCCAAUCCAGUUUCGCACAAUUUCGGGCUCAAUUAUCUUCUUCACGCAAUUUGUCAUUAUCACGCGGAGAUUCAAGUAGUCGUUCGAAUGCCAUUAACUCGAGUACUACCAACACAUCGGCAUCAACGCUUCGUUCUUUGCGUUCGAGUACUAACGAUUCUUCGAACAGAGGUCAGUCACUUGCGAGCUUAGCACAAGCUAGUAUCGAUCGAGCAGGCCCGAGAACUUCGUUGACAAACCUGAUUGCUAAAAGAAAAGCCCAGGAAUCAGCAUCCGUACAGAGUCCAGUGUCUCAACCAGCGGAAACUUCAGAGACUACUGUUACGAUCGGGAAAAGUGCAUUCAAUAGUACAAAUUCGCCUGGACUGACACUUUCAAAGCCGAAAACAAUUGCUAUCGGAAAACCACGUGUAGUUCGAGCAGAUGCUGGCCAAAAUAAAUCUUCUUUAUUUUCUCUUGCCUCUGGGAAAUCCAACUCAUUAGUGCAAUCCCGUGCUAAAUUGGCUUCUACAACGCUGUCAACGAAUGUCUCCGAGUCAACCCGCGAACCGAUUCAAUCUCAUCCAGAGUCGACCGCUCAAUCAUCUUUCUCUCCCGCGGCGCUUGUACAGCCAUUUAUAUCAGCAAUACCAACAUCUUCGAAUCCUCUGAUAGCUCCGCCAUCCAUAUUUGCCUUGUCGCUCUUUAGUGACCUUGAAGACCCUCAAUCACAACAACACGGAACACUUACUAUUGACAUUUUCUCGUUAGGUGGCAACAAAGAAGCUUUUGGCUUUGAUACGCCUAGCCCUGACGAUAUAGUAAAUGAGAAACGCAAACAAGGAAAAGCCGACGCGUCUGCAGUAAAAGAAAAGGAAAGGUCGUCAACUGAGAAUUCGCUGCAACCGUCAAAGAAAAUUAAUGUAAUUGAAGAUGCUCCUAGUCUUGACAAUAUAUCAAGGGAGGCGCGUGAAGAGAAAAAGGCCAAUGCUGUCGCAAGGUUUGUAACUUCAGAAAAAGACACAACUGUCGUAUCAAACUCACCAAUUGUGGAGUCGCUGAAACCGUCAAAGAGAAUUAAUGUAAUUGAAGAGUACCGAAAGCGUACGGCAGAAAAAGAUUCUUUGAACUUGGUUGUUGUUGGUCAUGUUGAUGCUGGGAAGAGCACGCUUAUGGGUCACCUUUUAUAUCUUUUGGGAGAAGUUAAAGAAAGAACAAUGCGAAAAUAUGAGCACGAUUCGCAAAAAUUGGGCAAAUCAUCUUUCGCGUUUGCAUGGGUUCUCGAUGAGACCGGGGAAGAGAGGAGCAGAGGCAUCACUAUGGACGUUGCCGUUACCAGUUUCGAAACGGAGCGCCGUCGAUUUACUUUGCUUGAUGUUCCCGGUCACCGAGAUUUUAUUCCCAACAUGAUUUCUGGGGCCGCACAGGCAGAUGUUGCAAUACUUGUGGUUGAUUCGACUACAGGCGAAUUUGAGGCUGGUUUUGAAGCUAAUGGUCAAACUAAAGAACACGCCCUGCUCGUAAGAAGUCUGGGCGUGCAGCAGCUUGUUGUCGCCAUUAAUAAACUCGAUGUGGUUGAUUGGUCAGAGGAAAGAUUUAAAGAAAUUAAAACAAAACUUGGCGCUUUCCUCAGUCAAGCCGGAUUUAAGAAAGAUAAAGUUGCGUUUGUGCCAUGUAGCGGUAUGACUGGGGAGAAUCUUUUAAAGAAGUCUCCAGAUAUUAUGACAUGGUACAAUGGACCAACACUUGUACAGCAAAUUGAUGCAUUGGAACCCCCAAUGAGGCUCUUGGAAAGACCGUUUCGAUUGGGUGUUACGGAUUUCUUCAAAGGUAGCAGUGGAGGGGGAGGAGGAAUCUCUGUAGCUGGCAGAGUUGAUGUGGGAACCAUCCAGGUAGGAGAAACAGUCUUGGUAAUACCUGGUGGAGAAACUGGUAUUGUGAAAGCUAUCGAGAUUAAUGGUGAAUCCGCGAAAUGGGCUGCAGCUGGAGACACUAUACUGACAACGCUGACUGGUCUUGAUAUUAUAAAUCUCAGUACUGGUUCAAUACUAUGUUCCCCGUCGAGUCCUGUACCUGUGUCAUCAAAUUUCAUUGCACAAAUCGUGGUAUUUGACAUAAAGAUACCGAUCACAAAGGGAUUUCCGGUUAUUAUUCAUCAUCAAAGCUUGAAUGAACCCGCAGUGAUUACUAAAUUACUUGCUGUCCUUGAUAAAAGCACAGGCGAGAUUGUCAAGAAAAACCCGCGACAUCUCUCAAAACAAACGACAGCCAGAGUUGAAGUAAAACUGUCCGAUAGACCUAUUCCAUUAGAGACUUUCAAAGAUAACAAGGAGCUUGGUCGCGUCAUGUUGCGAAAGGCUGGUGAAACGAUUGCCGUUGGAGUAGUUACAGAA